AUGGGCAAACAUAAGCACGGAAAUCGGAAGCGAUUCCUCUGCAAUGUGGACGUUCCACUGUCCCGCACAACCGCCAGCGUGUUGAAAUCAUCUGACGGCGAGAAUGUUAUUCCACCUCCGCUGAAAUCGAUCCUUAAACCACCCGCCUCAACUGGAUGGCCAUCGGCUGAGCCACCAGCGGCAUCAUCCGCCACGGCAGCACCAUCAACUUCCGAAGCAACAAAAUACAAGCAACCAGAACUACACACUAUGCUCGGUUUAAGCAAAAGGAUUGAAUCGGUUAAAAAAAUGGAAGCUCAACCAAUCACCAACAUGACCCAGCUGACACCCAUCAGUAAAAAACGCGUUAAUACACAGAUAACGAAGCAGUUGAAUCAUCAGUAUGAUCUAGCUGUGUUUAAAAAGCUAGCACCUGUUAAUGUGAACGAUACGGUGUUACUGCCCGCUCCCGGUAGCCGUUCAACCGCCACCGCCAAAUCGAAGUAUUUUUCCAAGGACAAAAAGGACCCGGAACCAACGCUAAGCGACUACUUGCGUCCGAUACCACGCUUUACGAUUGACUUUGUACCGAACGUUCCGACACCAAAUCUGGGCCGCGUUGCUGCAGGGGACUCCUGGAACAACUUCCAAAACAUCGAGUACGUGAUGCGGAUAAUGGAGGAACACUGA